AUGCAAUUAGAUAUGAAACUCAUCGAAAGAUCACGUGACCUCCCGCUGCCUCGCAGUCCACAACCUUUUGAGCAGAAAACGUAUCAAGAAAAGAUUACACCGAUCCCUCUGGUUGCUUCACCAGAAGUUGAUAUUACAAAUAAGGUUGCAAGUAAAAGGUGGAAAGCUGCAAAAGUAGUUUCAGGAGUCAUUUUUGUUUUUUCAAUGGUCACGAUUAUAUCUAUUCAAGGAUUAACAUACAAACAGAUUUCAUCAUCACCAAAUAUCAAAAAGUAUCCAGCAUCUUCUUGCAAUGAAUUACUCAAAGAAGGGAUGAGAAAGAGUGGAAUUUAUGACAUCAAACCAGAACGCGAGUUUGAGGCAAUCGAGGCAUAUUGUGACAUGGAAACAGACGGUGGUGGCUGGACAUUGGUUGCUAGCAUACAUGAGUCAGACAUAACAAAGAAAUGUGACGACAAAGAUCGAUGGGCAAAUUACAAAUCAAGUAGUGAGAAAAAUAAUAACUGGGAAAACAAAAAAUAUUCGGAGAUGUGCGAAACUGUACAAAUGAUGACUACAAGAACACCGCUUACUAUGCGCUGA